CUGGUGACGUGAUUUGACGGAGACCGCAAUUGAAACUGCAGGCAGGCAAGCCAGCACAGAUCGGAGCCACCGGUCAACGUGUACUUAACGACUCAAGUGAAGUUUGAAGACUCGGCUCGGAGAUGUCUGUGGUGGGAUUUGAUUUGGGCUUUCAAAGCUGCUAUGUAGCUGUAGCCCGAGCCGGUGGGAUCGAGACCAUCGCGAACGAGUUCAGCGACAGAUGCACACCGUCAUUCGUCUCAUUCGGGCCACGCAAUCGAUCCAUAGGAGCUGCUGCGAAAAGCCAGGUGGUGACCAACUGUCAGAAUACAGUUCAGAGCUUCAAGCGAUUCCAUGGCCGGGCCUUCUCCGAUCCUUAUGUUCAGUCGGCCAAGUCCAAGCUGGUGUACGACCUUGCGCAGAUGCCCUCUGGGUCUACAGGUAUUAAGGUGAUGUACAUGGAGGAAGAGAAGUUGUUCAGUGUGGAGCAGGUGACCGGCAUGCUGCUGACCAAGCUGAAGGAGACGGCUGAGAGCGACCUGAAGAAACCAGUGGCCGACUGCGUCAUCUCUGUUCCCUGCUAUUUCACCGACAUAGAGAGGAGGUCUGUCAUGAAUGCCGCCCAGAUUGCCGGCCUCAACUGUCUGCGACUAAUGAACGAGACCACAGCUGUAACUCUGGCUUAUGGCAUCUACAAGCAGGACCUACCAGGUCCAGAAGAGAAGCCCAGGAUAGUUGUGUUUGUCGAUGUGGGCCACUCUGGUUACCAGGUGUCCGUUUGUGCGUUCAACACGGGAAAGCUGAAGAUCCUUGCAACGGCGUUCGACUCCGAGCUGGGCGGGAAGGACUUUGACGACAUUCUGGUGAGCCACUUCUGCGAGGACUUUGCCAAGAAGUACAAGCUGGAUGUCAGGUCCAAGCCCCGCGCGCUGGUGCGCCUCUACCAGGAGUGCGAGAAGCUCAAGAAGCUGAUGAGCGCCAACUCGUCCGACCUGCCCCUUAACAUUGAGUGCUUCAUGAAUGACAUUGACGUGUCCAGUAAACUCAACAGAGGUCAGUUUGAGGAGAAGUGUGCGGGGCUGCUGGCCAAAGUGGAGGACCCCUUGCGCAGCGUCAUGGAACAAGCUAAGUUGAGGAAAGAAGAUGUGCACGCGGUAGAGAUUGUCGGCGGCGCCUCCAGAAUUCCCGCCAUCAAGGAACGCAUCAGCAAGUUCUUCGGCAAAGAGCUGAGCACCACUUUGAAUGCAGAUGAGGCUGUGGUCAGAGGCUGUGCGCUGCAGUGUGCCAUCUUGUCUCCGGCUUUAAAAGUCAAAGAGUUCUCCAUCACGGACGUCGUCCCUUACUCGAUCUCAUUUAAAUGGAACUCAGCAGCAGAAGAAGGACUGAGUGAUUGUGAGGUAUUCCCCAAGAAUCACACCGCUCCCUUCACCAAAAUGUUGACCUUUUAUCGGAAGGAGGCCUUCCUUCUUGAAGCAUACUACAACAACCCCAAGGAGCUGUCGUACCCCAACACCUCCAUAGGGCAGUUCCUGAUCCAAAACGUGGUCCCUCAGUCGUCGGGAGAGAGUGCCAAGGUGAAGGUCAAAGUUCGAGUCAACAUUCACGGCUUGUUCAGCGUGUCCGGCGCUUCCCUUACCGAGGUGCUGAAAGCGACAGAUGGAGAGGAGCCCAUGGAGACCGACCAGACGGGGAAGGACGAGGAGAACAAAAUGCAAGUAGACCAGGAAGAUCAAAGAGCAGCUCCUGGCGGAGACAAGAAAGUUGACACAGAAGAGAUGGAGACGGCGACAGAGGAAGGCAAGCAGGAGAAGAAGAACGAGCCUCAGGCAAAGAAGCCAAAAGUGAAAACAAAGACGGUGGAGCUGCCCAUCGAGACCAAUUUGUACUGGCAGCUGUCCACUGAUGUACUAAAUACGUUUGUGGAGAAUGAGGGCAAGAUGAUAAUGCAAGACAAGUUGGAGAAGGAGAGGAACGACUCCAAGAACAACGUGGAGGAGUAUGUGUACGAGAUGAGAGACAAGUUGUUCGGCUCCUUGGAGAAGUUUGUCACUGAAGCGGAUCGUGACGCAUUCUCAUUAAAAUUGGAGGACACAGAGACUUGGCUGUAUGAGGAUGGAGAGGAUGAAAAGAAGCAAGUUUACAUUGACAAAUUGGCAGAAUUGAAGAAAAUCGGGCAGCCUAUUGUUGAGAGAGCCAUGGAAGCUGAGGAGCGGCCGAGGGCGUUUGAGGAGCUGGGCAGGCAAAUCCAAAUGUACAUGAAGAUCAUCAACGCCUACAAAGCAAAGGAUGAGCAGUAUGCGCAUUUAGAUGAGCUGGAAGUGACCCGCAUGGAGAAGCAGGUGAACGAUGCCAUGGCGUGGAUGAACAACAAGAUGAAUCUGCAAAAUAAUCAAAACCUGAUGCUGGACCCGGUGGUCAAAGUCGGCGAGAUCCAAGCCAAGGCCAAGGAGCUUUACUCGGCGUGCAACCCCGUGCUGUCAAAGCCAAAGCCCAAGCCCAAGGUGGACCCGCCAAAGGAGAAGCCCGACAACGGGCCCACCAACGAGCAGGAGGGAACAACAGAAAGACAGCCCCCCAACUCGGACAAAAAAACAGACACGGCGCAGAAAACGGCAGAAAACAAGCUCCCCGAAAUGGACAUUGACUAACUUUUUGCGCCAUUUGCCCCGCUUAUGUGGCACUUGUGAGGAUCCAGCAGCGUUUCCAUUAUCAAUACUGUACUUCUCAUUGACUUGUUCUAUUUCUUCAUGACUACAGACUAGUGCAUCUGUAAUGGUCACACUCAGAUACGCAAAGUUGGUUGCAGGUCAUUUAUCAAGGUAAUGUGGCGAGUUGAAGAAUCUGGAAUGUUUGCAGUUCAACAUAAUGUGCAUUUUCAUCCACUUCAAAGCAAUGUUUUUUUUUUUUUGUAUUUUGAUUUAAAAGGACAGAUGUGCUUGUACUGAGUUCCAACAAUAGCUUACUAUCUUACAGUAUUUCAUUUGUUGUAUGGCUUUUCUCAUUCAUUUAGUUGUAUGAUUCUUCACUGGUUGUGUUUUUUCUACAUAAUGCUCGCCCAGGUGCUGCUCUUGUUGCUAAGUCAUCAAAAAAGCAAAUAAAACUCAAGGACCAUAAAGUGAUA